CCACUUUCCUCAGCAUCAGGUCAGCAUAAAAACAUAUAGGCCUAUAUUACAUGAUGGGUUUAAAGUGGUUAACAACAAUGUUAACAGCAGUCCAUGCUCAUGAGGUAAACGCCCACUUUUGGAAGCGGAAAACGGACCAGCUCUCUGGUCGUUUCCAGUGUCUGUAAUCUGGAAGCUCCUGAACUCCAUUAUGAUGAUACAUCUGCAUUGAUCAAGGGUUGUUAUGGACCCUGGAAGGAAGCAGUGAGAAAAAGGUCGCUAUCGUAGACAUGUAAAAACAAGUAGAAAGAUCUGGACCUCUCCCAUGUGUUGAUGCAUCUCACAAUGGCAAGCUCUUGAAAGGGUACCCCUCCCGUCACGGUGCUCUCCAGCCGGUGUCUCUGCUACCAUGGAGGUGGGCAUCCUCCCGGUGGAGCUGUGGAGGGUUAUCUUAGCCUACCUGCCUCUCCCUGACCUGGGCCGCUGCUGCCAAGUGUGCCGUGCCUGGCGGGAGCUCGUCAUCUCUUUAGAUAACACCCGCUGGAGACAACUGUGCCUUGGCUGCCCAGAGUGCCGACAUCCCAACUGGCCCAGUCAGCCUCAUCUGGAGCCUCCAUCCUGGAGAGAGGCGCUGAAGCAGCAUGCGCUGGCUACCCGGACCUGGACUCAGAACGGGCCAGAACCUCAGUCCUCUGCCUGUCUCCUCUUCUUCCGCCGCCGGAAAGACCGCAGGGUUUGGCAUGUGGGGCCAGGGUGUGAGUUUGAGACACUGCGAGGUGCCCUUGGAAUGGUGGGACCAUAUGACCGUGUGGUUCUCCAUCCAGGAGUUUAUGAGGAGCAGGCUGAAGUGGUGCUGAAGGUUCCUGUGGAGCUGGUUGGACUGGGACGAUUGGGGGAGGUUGCCCUUCUGGUGUGUGUGGAGCAGCAGUGCCCUACAGCCAGGCUGUGUAACCUGGUGUUCAUGCCACCCUGGUUUUCUACUGUGGUCUACAAGACAUCAUGGGGCCAUGUCCAACUCGACAACUGCAACUUUGAAGGGGCUCAGUUACAAAUCCGUGGCCCAGGAACCUGCCAGGCUCGCUUCUGCUCCUUCUCACAAGGCAGCUCUGCCCACUUGCUGGGUGUUGUCCUCAGUUUGUUUGACAGCUGUGACUUCUCUGGUAGUGACACCGCUUCAGUGACCGUUGAAGGUCCUCCAGUUUCAGAAAGGAACUGGGCUUGUAAACACUUAGCUGCCCUGGCUAGGACGUUCCCAUCUUGUAGCGUGUCUGGGAGUUACAAUUGCCCUCAAUUUGCCGGUUCCACUGGUGGGCAUAAGAAAGUUGGAGCUAAUGCCAAAAAGGAGUCUGUAAGUCCAGAAGACUUUCAGAGGAGGACUGGGGUAGGCCCAGCAUGUCAGGGCACAGUCAUUGAAGAUUGCUGGAGUGAUGGUGAACACAGUGAGGGAGAGGAAGAGAAACAAGAUGGGGGAGAAACUAUCAACACAAAAAACCUAUGGAAAUUGGAUUACAAACUCCCAUGUGACCAUCAUGGCCUUUCCCAUUUGCUUAAACCUCAGCUGGAUGGCUCUCUGCCACUGGCCUCCUCCCCAGAUCCUCCAUCUGCAACCCCUGAACCUCUCACCCUUCAGCAGGAAUUAGACAGGGACCCAGUGGCUCAGAUGUUGGCAGCAUCCACUCUUGGCUGUAUCCUCAGACGCUGCCUCUUCAGGGAAGGGAAGGGUGGUGUGCAUUUGUCUAAUUACGGACGAGCUCGUCUGGAGGGGAAUGUUUUCCGUGGGUUGAACUAUGCUGUGCGCUGCAUCCAGAACUCCACGAUAGUGAUGCUGAGAAACGAAGUGUGUGAGUGCCGUGCCUCAGGUGUGUUCCUGCGCCUCUCUGCUCAGGGCCUCAUUGCAGAAAACAACAUUCACUCAAAUGGCGAGGCAGGACUUGACAUCCGAAAAGGAGCCAACCCCAUUAUCUUGUGCAACAGAAUACACAGCGGUUUGCGUUCAGGGGUUGUUGUCCUUGGCAAUGGGAAAGGUGCGAUUCGGAGCAACCAGAUCUUCAGCAACAAGGAAGCAGGCGUUUAUAUUCUCUUCAGUGGGAAUCCUGUGGUCAGUGGGAAUCACAUUUUCCAGGGCCAAGCAGCAGGGAUCGCUGUAAACGAGAAUGGAAGAGGGAUGAUUACAGAAAAUGUGAUAAAAGAGAACCAGUGGGGAGGAGUGGACAUCCGACGAGGAGGUGACCCCAUCUUGAGGAACAACUACAUUUGUUAUGGAUAUUCAGAUGGUGUUGUGGUGGGAGAGAGAGGCCGCGGACUUAUUGAGGGAAAUCAUGUCUACUGUAACAAAGGCUGUGGUGUGUGGGUCAUGUCAUCCAGUCUUCCACAGCUCCUUGGAAACUACAUUACCCAUAACUGCAUGUACGGAUUGGCAGUGUUCUGCAGGAAGGACCCAGAGAACAUCGAGGCUAGGGAGGGGAACUGGCCAGCGCAGGAGAGGAUCGGUGGAGACGAAGGCAGUGGGGAGAGGAGGGGGGCGGAGGGAGAAGGGAGAGAAGGGCAGGAGAACUUGAAUGAAGAGGGGGAACUGUUUGCAUGGGAGAGUGAUCUGGACAGUGAGGAUGAGCGACACUCUGCCCGUCGUUCCAUCAGUGUGGCCCUCGUGGAAAGCAACUGCAUAAAUUACAACGGAGCAGUUGGUCUGUACGUGAAGAGCAGUGAACCCCUCAAUGUUUUUGCUAACCUGGUGAACAGUAACCGUGGCACUGGAAUUGCUGUGCUGCAGAGCAGUCAGCUUACCCGGCUGGUCACAAACUGCAUUCUUGAAAAUGGUCGAGGAGGGGUGACUGUGGAGAAAGACUGCAGGGUGGAGCUUCGUGGUAACGGCAUCUAUAAAAACAGUGGCCAUGGAGUCAGUUUCAGUGGUAACGGGCAGGUUUUGGAGAACGAUGUGAUUGGAAACAGUUCUUAUGGGAUCCAGGUCUCUGGCAGCGCUGACAUUAAGGUUUUGCGCAACCGUGUUCAACCGGCACAAGGCUGUGGCAUUGCUGUGCUGGGGCUUGUAAAAGGGAAUGUCCAUGACAAUCUACUGUUCCAGGGCCACCCUAAAAACAAUAAAGCGCUGCUACACAUGGAUCCUGGCAAUGAGGGCUGUGUGCUGCGCAACAACAGUGUCCUAAGGCAUAAUAACAGCUGUACAUCCGCUCCUCCCUGGGUUUUGGAAAACCCUCCCCCUCGUCCACUGGCCAGUUCCCCCUCUGGUCUCGCCUCAUCGCAAUAUCCUUCACGACUUGGGAUUUCCAUGACGACCAGGAUCAGUGCCACAGUAGAAAGUGGUUGCCACAGUGGCAGCAUGUUCUGUACCAUCCUGUGAACUCUGGCCAGCCCAUAGAAGUCAAUUUUACAAGAAGCUACUUUUGAACUGGGAUAUAUUAAACAUUUUGAGCACUCUAAUCGUCUUCAGAGAAGACCCUGCAAAGUGAUUCCCUCCCAGUUAGGUGGAGUUGCUGUCCCAAGAUGGAAGAGGAAGAAUAACCACUGAAGGGUCGCACAAGUCAUCUUUUGUAAUCUUAUCAUGUAAUUCCUGUGCAUCCAUACAGUGAAGUGAAGCUGGAGAAAAACAUGUUCUGGCAGCAUCCCCUUUUUACAUUCCCAUACUAAAGCUUUAACUCAAUCAUGUCCUUUUUCAUGCAGAUUUCAUAUUCAUAUACAACUGCUGUAAACUUUGUUGGUUUUGUAAGUCUGCUUCUGAGACUCCUUGGAUAGGAAGUGCACAUUUAUAAAUACUAACAGGAGUCUAAGGCUUCAGAGAUGCCAGCUCCAACCAUGAUACAAAGUAAAGCUGUGCCUUGUUUGACUUUUUGAUCAAUCAAUGAUUGUAGCUAGAAGAGGAUUGUUACAGUGUGAGGUGUUUAUGCAAAAUAAGCCAAAUGGAAACUUCUGCCUCUUGCACAGAGCAACCAUUUCCUGCUGAGUCUGUGUUUUUGUGUCACGUCCAUCAUGUUGUUUUAACAGGAUGCGCUUGAGCCUUUUUGGACAUAAGGAGGGAGAACUUUAAUAUCAUUCACAACUAUUUUCACAUGCCAGGCGGGGGCGUGUAACCACAUAGACUCACCUGGUUACAAGCAGCUAGAGAAGGAUUUUCAGUGUGCAAUAUGUGCUGUCUACAAAUGUGCCUACACGCUUUGACCGUCAACGCUAGAUGUUUUCUCUCAUCUAGAGUUUGUUUACAACCCCAUUUCUCUGCUUUUUUGUAUCUUCCACAGUAAGCAUUAUGUAAAAUAUUAAUGUAUAAUUAAAAACAUCACCACUUUAUUUGUCUACAAAAUGCUUUAAUAAACAAUUCUUAUUUGUUGUA